UGUAGCUGUCAUCAUCAUGGCGACAGUCCCAUACUUCUCUCUAGUAGACGAGGAUUUCACUCGUAAAUUAACAGAAGACGCAGCAGCAGAUGAUGAUAUUGAUUAUGAAGAGGAUAGGAAGCUAAUGUAUAAGUGGGUACUCUGGGAGCAACUACAGCCCAACCAGAAGGCUAGUGCUGCUGAAUGGAAAGAUCUAUCAAGACAGGUAUGCACGUUUGGUACUGUCGGGGAGUUUUGGCGAUAUUGGCGACAUGUACCCCAGCCUAGUGAGCUGUUGUCUGAGGCUGGAGGGUGCCGCUUUGUGAGGGAAGGGGAUGAUGGCUCUUUAAGAGUCGUCGAGAGCAUGAUGGUCUUCCGUGAUGGUAUCAAACCUGAAUGGGAGGAUCCUCUCAAUGCGAUUGGUGGCCAUCUUCAGUUCUCCCUCGGCCCUAAUGUUGGUGGUAAACAGAUUGACGAAUAUUGGAACAACAUAGUAUUGGGAGUCAUUGGCAACACAUUACCAUAUCCUGACAUGAUCACUGGCUUGCGUCUCUGUGAUAAGCUGUACACGAAGCGAGGACCUCCUCAAGGAUCUGUGAGGAUAGAAGUAUGGUUUACCAACAUGGCGGAUACGGAGAAGGUUGACGAGCUCACCAAGGGUAUUCAGGAGUGUAUUUGCACCAAGCUUGAUGGCACUAUUAGUACUAACUCACCUAAAUACGAUCUCAAAUCUCAUGGUGGAAAGCAUUGAGAUUUGAGACCUACUUGCUAGAGGGGUUAUCAGAUAAUAUUCAUCGACAUCGACGGUAUGCUGUUAUUAUCUACGGUAUUAUUUGUAUACCGAUUAUCGCAACAACUCUAUCCUUCGGCCACUCGCAAUCUUCCUAACCGUCUCUAUC